AUGAGCUCGAAUCCCUUCGACCGCCGCGUUCAUGACCACUUGGCGAUCAUCUACCACAUCGCUGUGGACUUGCAUUUUCGAGUGACGCUUGUGGACGAGCAAUGCCAUGAGCUACGGAAGAGUCUACAACUGUGCACGAGACUCGAGCCUAACCACGCGACGGCGCGCGGGAGCAAGAGAGAAACCGACGUGGAGUCGAAGGGACCCAUUGUGGACGAACAUGUCGUCGCGGCCGAAGCAGCGUUGCAGGAAGCUUUGCAGCGCGCAAGAUCCAUUCGAAAUGCGCAAGUCAAGCAGCAUGGUCGACCAAUAGCGGGUUCAUCUUCUGCGGGGCUAGCCACUCCACAACAGCCAUCACCACCCUCGGUGACAGGUGCGCCACCAAUAGUCGGCGAUGGCACGGACACUAUAGUAUCUCCUCCGGACGAUCAACACUGUCCCCGACGUCGCCACCAACAGCUCCCUCGACAUGUUGUUGCCCGCAUGGGCGAAGUCGCUGACCAGAUGGCUAUCUGGUCAUCUCAAGAUUCCCCAGCUCGGACGUUCCUCGGCAAGUUGAACCAACUGCUCUCCACACGGGACACAUCCCCACCUAGCGCCGACACCGACAUACCACCGCCGCGCAUUCCGUAUCGGGAGCAGGUGUUCCGACUGCAGUAUGCGUACAAGCGAAUCCUCCAUGUCCUGCACGACAAAUGCCAGUCGUAUGCGCCGCCACCUGACGCCCCCCCGUCCCUCUCCCGGGUAUUCCCGGUAUGGUAUCGUCUACACAAGAUCAAGAAGCUCUUGGAUGAGAUGAACCAAGAGCUGUCGUCGGUGUUGAGGCGGGUCCCGCCGCCGCCUCAGUUAUCACCAGCCACCGCGCAGCGAAGCGCAUCAUUUCUGCAUGCCAUUCGAUCCAAGAAACCCCCACGCGGAGAAGUCGACAACUCCCAUUUGGUCGCUGCCGUGCAAGCCGUGGAUCCAACAUGGAGCGCGGAUGUGGCGGCGGUGUACGAAAAGCUACAGAAGGCAUGGGAGGCAAAGGAUUACGCCUCAUGCGUCCACGAGAUUGCUCGGGAUGAGAUAUCCAAGCUCGUCGUGCCACAUGUAGAGCACAUGCUGCAUGUAUCGACGGCGUCCAAAGGCGAAGUGGUGGAAGCACUCAUGCUACUGAGGCUGCUGCAUUCCGUCGCAUGCUGUGAUGGCUUGAUGCUUCGCAGCUUUGUUCGGGGAUGAUGGUGAUAAAUACAAAAGAG